GGGGGGGGGGUGGCUCGGACCAGAACAAAGAUUGACCUCUGACCUCAUAUUCAAAUAAAGAUAUAUUACUCAAUAAAUACACGUCUGUGACAUUGAGAUGUGGACAAACACGGACCUGUGUUCACAAAGACAAAGACAAAUGAAAGUAAGAGAAAACCGAAAGAGGUAGUGAGGGAUUGUGGUUAAUGAGUAACAGCCCACAACAGUCACCCCCCGGCCCCGCAAAGCCUGCUGGGAAAAAAACAUUUUUGAACAGGAAGAGAAGAUCGAGCGGCGCCAUCUCUCCCUCACUCCUUGGGUCUCCGGCUGUCGCUGAGGUUCGUCUCUCUGGCCGUGACCGCCGGUCCCUCUGAUGGGCAAAGUGAAGGGCAGGUCUGGGCCUUUGGCUCAGAGACCAGACAACUCUGCUUUCAAACAGCAGAGGCUUCCUGCCUGGUCCCCCAUGCUAACGGCUAACACCGUGCUGCCCUUCUUCUACUUGGUGGCUCUGCUGUGCAUGUUCCUGGGAGUGUGGCUGCUGCUCACCGUGCAGGGCACGCAGGAACUAAAGCUGGACUACACAGAGGCUGGGACGUGUAAGGGCUGUUUUGACAUGCGGAAAAAUGCGAGCAAAGCAGCAGAACCCUGUGAAUGCAGGCUGGAUUUUGAAAUAAAGAAAGCAUUCAAGGGAGACGUCUUCUUCUACUACGGCCUCCAGAAUUUCCAUCAGAACCUCCGCAGAUACAUGGACUCCAGAGAUGAUGGGCAGAUGGUUGGAAGGAAGAAUAAAUUGAUGAACCCGAGCACAUACUGCAUACCGUUCAAUACGGACCAAGCGGGCCGCCCCAUCGCCCCCUGUGGUGCCGUGGCCAACAGCAUCUUCAACGACUCCUUCACUUUGCACUAUCGGGGCCAAGUGGUCCCUCUGUUACGGACGGGCAUCGCCUGGUACACGGACAAAAACAUCAAGUACCGUAACCCGUCGAACGGCAACAUGACGCUAGCUCAAGUGUUUAAUGGUACGGCGCCGCCUCCGUACUGGCACAAACCCGUGUACCAGCUCGACCCCCUCAGCCCAAACAACAACGGCUUCAUCAACGACGACCUGAUAGUGUGGAUGAGAGAGGCGGCCUUCCCCAACUUCAAGAAGCUCUACGGGGUCCUGCGCCGAGCCGCCACGCCCUUCACCAAGGGUCUGCCUGCAGGGAACUACAGCCUCAACGUGUCCUACAACUUCCCCGUGCAGUACUUCCGUGGCAGAAAGGAAGUGGUGCUGACCACGCUGACCUGGUUCGGGGGUCAGAACCACUUCCUGCCGGUGGCUUACCUCGUGACCAGCUGCCUGAUCCUGCUGGCGGCCGUCGUCCUCACGGUGGUGUGGUUCAAGUUUGGGAAGACCGGGAGGAAGAUGCAGGAUUGAAGGCGGAGACGCUCACGAGUGGCCGACAGACAAUUCUUUUAGGGACGUGGACUUUGAUGCCAGCAAGUGAUGGUUUGGGAGAAAAGCAUGAAAAUCCAAUUUGGAAUUGUGUUGUAUAUCUGGAACUUUAUCAGGGCUUUUUGUCUGGUUUUACUUGAACUUUUGCAAUGUUUUUAAUACCUUCCGUUUUGGUGAUGCACUGUCAAUGUCUAACGUGCAACAUAGAAAUGCGUAAAAUGAGCCUUGGUAUGAAGUAUGCGUGUCCGCUGGCAACAGUCUCAUAUGGCGUAUUGUACUUAAAUGCUAUGACAACGUUCCUUUUAAAACUCUUUAUUUCUCUGUACAAUCAGUGAGAGCCACAUAAAACUCCAGGGAGCACCGCAA